AUGACUGACCCUUUCUCCACAACCCACGACAAGCGUAUCACCCUCUCUAAGUCAUCCCAUGCGGUACCUUGCCAUUGCCUUGGUCGCGUGCUGUUUUCGCCUAUGUCACAGGUCGAUUUCAGCGACAUCAUCGCUGGGAGGCCCAAGGAGGUGGGGCUGGAGGUGCUAGCCGCCGUUUGCGGGGGUGUGAGGGAGCGGGAGGGACUGACGUUCGUGGACGUGAGCGAGAACGCCAUGGGUCCGGACGGGGUGGAUGCCUGCCGGCCCGCGAUCGAGGGGAAGAAGGAGCUUAGGGCCCUGCUCAUGUGCAACGACGGGCUGUCGGCGGCUGCGAUGGAGGCUGUUCGGGACAUCUUGUUGGCGACCUCUCCUGCUGCCCUGCGGACGCUUCACUUCUACAACAACAUGAGUGGCGACCUGGGGGCUAAGGCCCUAGCUCAGGUGCUACCCAAGUGCCCGAACCUUUCCGACUUCCGCUUCUCGGGGACAAGAUCGGGCCGGGAAGGAUCUGCCGCCGUUGUCCAGGCAUUGCUUGAGUGCCCCGCGGCUUCUGCCGGUCUCCUGGAGCGCUUGGACCUCGCCGACAACACCCUGGGGGAGGAAGGGGGCAGAGUUCUUGCCGAGGCUUUGGCGACGCAGCCGUCCUUGACGUACGUGAACCUGAGCGAGUGCGACCUCGGGGACGAAGGCGCUGCCGCCGUGGCGAAGGCGCUCAGCGGCACGGCGCCCGGCGUGCGCGAGCUGGAGUUUUCGUACAACGAGCUCACGGCGGAGGGCGCGGCGGCGGUGGCCGCCUGCGCGGAGAGAAAGUCCGCGUCUCUGGAGUACCUGGGCCUGGAGGGCAACGAGAUUGGGUCGGCCGGGGCGAAAUCGGAGCUCAAUCAACUGGCAAAGAUCAGUCAAAGAGGUGUCAUUAUUGAUCGACACUUCGAGGCCAUCAAAGAACAUGUCAUUGCUGGUAACUGCCUCAAGAGGGCAGACUUGGAGGCCAUGGAGGUGACGUGGGAGCUGAAAACUAGUGGCGUCUUGGGGCCGGAAGAGUGGACCAACCAGAUUGAUGGGCAAAUCCGGAGUAUCAUCAGCAGUGCUCGCCCAUCGUUGUCGUCACAGCAACGUGCUGGCGCACGAGGUGCACCGUCUACAUCACAGAGACGGCCACAACCUCCAGCAGCAGCGGCAGCGGGCCGCCGGACUGCUGUGGAUCGGGGGAAGAAAAGCAAAAAGCGGGACGGCGGUGAGUUGUCCUUCUGA